GACGUGCGCGCGAUCACGUGACCAGCUGUAUCUUUAAAGAUGGCGGCGAGAGGCGACAGGAGGCGAAGGACGGUUGAGACACCGGAGAACGAAGGCAGCUAUUUUUAUCAAGCGGCGGUAUUUCUUUUGGGUUGCGUUUUCGGUUAUCUUCAUCAGUGGCACGUAUCCACGCUCUUCGAAAAUGACCGCCACUUCUCUUAUUUGUCAGAGAUCGAGCGAGAGAUGUCCUUCAGAACCGAAAUGGGAAUGUAUUAUUCCUAUUACAAGACCAUUGUUGAAUCGAAGGAUGUUUUGGAAGGGAUGAUGAAGCUCAAGCAUGACAAUUUGUCAGAAUAUGGUAAUAUUGUUAACGCUGUGGAAAAGUACACCAUUCUACCUGAGAUUAUAGCAGGUUUUCUUUAUCAUACCGCAGUAAACCUUGGUGUGAUACCCAGUGUACAUUGUUGGCAGGUAGUGAGAGGAGAAGGACCUCCUGUAACUAGCUGCGAAGGUUUAGGCGUACCAGUGUAUUUCUAUUUAGAGAUAGUUUGGGUUUCCGCAUUUUGUACCGCGGCGAUACUUUUUUAUUACGCAACAAAUUUGAGCGAUUCUAUUUACGGCGGACUAAUAGCAAUACUAGCUUUUUUUUUUAACCAUAACGACUGCACUCGCGUUCAGUGGACGCCGCCGUUGAGAGAAACUUUUGCAUACCCCAUGUUGCUCUAUCAAAUGCACAGAGUUUCUCAAAGUAUUAGAGAAUAUACAAAACCUUCCAAGGUUAACGAAUCGACCGUGCAGCAUAGAACGAAAACAGCAAUGGACAUAUGUUUUGCAGUUUGUUUUUGUUUAUGCGCUUGGCAGUUUUCGCAUUUCGUCUUUGUGACGCAAAUCAUAGCAAUUCUCAUAUUAAAGUGGUUGAGGAUCAUACCGUACGAAUUCUAUAGGGAUUUUUCUGUGACCCAUUUCUUGGCUAUUUUUGUAGUGGCCGUCACGAAGUGCUACAUAAUACGUUCGUACUACGUGUGGCUAUUAAUUGGCAGCAUGGUGGCCAGCUGUAUAACUCAUAAUUUGCGAUCGCGACACAUCAGACAAGAAGUUCUCCUUGAAAUUAUUGUUACGAUAGUUUUGACAAAGUGGUUGGCUUAUAUGUUUUAUUCGCAAGACGAAGCUCACAUAUUCAACAUAUUGAUGGCCAAAUUAACGACCUACAAGGACUUUCACACUAUGCUUUACACUUGCUCGCCAGAAUUUGACUUUUUGCAAUACAAGACUUAUCAAGGAAUCAUAGUGACCAUGUUAUUGCCGACAUCAAUAUUCGCCGGCAUGCUCGCGCUCUACUAUUGGUACAGAAGUUUCGAGAAGAACAAAUAUCCAUUUUGUAUAGAGGCCGACGUGGCUUACAACGGUUUGCAGACCGGCGCUUUUAUCAUCAUGGCCGUCUUUAUUAUGCGACUGAAGCUAUUCAUGACGCCGCAUCUCUGCAUAAUAGCCGGGACCGCGUGUAGCAAACGAUAUCUUGAAAAGGCCGGUCUGAAGAACGAACUGAUGCGAGGCGCUUUUGUUAUUCUUCUAAUAGGCGCUAUGUCGUACCACGGCGUCGAUAAAUUUCAAGCAGAACGUUCAUUUAUAGGCGAGUACAGCAAUAUUGAACAAGAACAGUUAUUUGAAUGGAUAAAAAGCAACACGUCCGAACAGGCAGUAUUUGCGGGCAAGAUGUCGUUAAUGGCGAAUCUAAUGUUGUCCACGAGGAGAGCGAUCGUUAACAACCCGUACUAUGAGAGCAAAGAAAUGAGGGACAGAACUAUGAAGGUUUACGAGAUUUUUAGUCGAAAGGACGCGAUUUCCGUAUAUCAUUCUUUAAGAAACAUGAAAGUUAAUUUUGUCGUGCUGGAUAUAGCGUUAUGUUCCGGAUACGCCAACUUACCGCGCGGAUGUCAAAUGAUCGAUUUGUGGGACGUGGUCGAUGGAGGAGCGGCAAAGACCGCGAACAAGCCGCCUUUGUGUCCUAUUCUGCUCAGGGAAAACGCUUAUCCGUUCCGAAGAGUAUUUGCCAAUAACAACUAUGUUGUUUUGCAACUGGAUUAUACGCAUCACGUUGAAUUAAAACCACAAAUAAUUCCCAAAGCGUUGCAUUCUUAGUUACAGAGCACACGUUUCUCGAAUAAGCCAAAAAUUUUAUAACAAUACGAGAUACUUUACGAGACUGCAAGAGACUUCCUUUAAAAUGGAAUGAGUAUUUUAGAAAUAUCUCUUUCUCUCUCUCUCUCUCUCUCUCUGUGAGUGAAAAGAAUAUAUAUUUAUUUUUAAUACAGAGAUUUGUGUACAGAGACAAAAACAAAGCUAAGAGUUGAUAUACUAGAAAUUCUUGAGAAAGUCUGCCAGCUCGUGUGUGUAACUUUUACGAGGGAACGCGUAUUUUAUUUCCAACAAUCGAAAUGGAUACCAAGAAUUAAUCGUGUUUGCGUGAGGAAGGUGUUAAAUUAUUCUUUUUUCAAAUGCGAGAUUUAUAUACACGUGUUAUACUUCGCAAAAAAUUGAUUUACUAUAUAUGAGAGUAAUAAAUUUAUUGCAAACUGUUAGCAAGACGUACUUGGUUAAGUAAGAACGCGCAAAAGAUUGCUUCAUCAAUGUGAUCUAUUACUUAUACGCUUUGUGAUAGUUUUUUUUUCUAUACUUAAUUAUUUUUGCCAUACUUAAUCGUUUUGCCUUUUUGUUUACGCGAUUGCACAUAAGUUUUAAGGACGUUCUCCGACUACAGUGGUUAGCAACCUAAAAUAUCUCUUCUCAUGAGUAAGUUUGUGCUGCUGUAACAAAGUUAAGUUGAGCUAUUCAGCACCGCUAAGACCCGCUUACUCCGCGCUGAAGUUCAAAAAUAGCUCUGCAGUGCACAGCGCACAUAAAUUCAGCAAAACAAAAAAAAACAAAAAACGAAAA